UUGGCAAAAUAUCUAAAAUUCAGCCAUAUAGAGAUUUUUAAGCUAUUAUUUUAAUAAAUUAAUUAAACUGAAUUAACCUUAAAGUGUUGCUAUAAAUAGGUACUUGAGUGUAGGAUUUUGGGAUCUGAAAGAAGUGAAAAAAACAAAAACAUAGGCUCAAGAGACCUAUUGUAGUCUCUCUUCUUCUCUAUAAUUUUUCUGUUUCAUGUGUUGAGAAUUGCCUACUCUAGUCUAGGUGAUCAAAGGAAAUUGUGGAAGAGUGCGUAGUUUAAAGAUCUUGUUUAGUCUCUUGUCAUUAUUUUGCGACAGAAAGAAACAAUGGUUAGAGAGAGUGAAGGAAGAAGUCUCAAUAUCCGCUGCGUAAAAGAUUAAAGGCUAUGGGAAAAAUAUUGGUUGAUAGCUCUUGCUGAACAAUCUUAUAUAUCUAAGGACCUAAGGUGUGGCUUUAUGUUGUCCAAAAAAUUAGCAUUGGUGACGUGGCAAGUGAUCCCUGGACACGUGGCUGACACCUGGAAACGUUCUGCUAGAGUAUCGACCAGGAGACACAUUAGAAGCAGUGCGAACUUGUCUUAUCUGCGACCAGUCUGGUCGAUAGCUCCGCAUACAAGGCAACAUUAAUGGGAAGAUCUUUGUGAAUCCCGAAUUUAUCUCACACAAUCUCCUGAGUAUCCGAUUAUUCAGGAAAGAAUAUCUGUAACAAUCUUUUGUAAUCCCCCUUGAGCCUAUAAAUAGAAAGAGAUAGCUCAAGGGAGGGGACUUUUGGCUUUUGAAUCAUUGGAGACUAUAGUAAUUCUCCGAGUAAUAUUGUAUUGUUCUUCAGAGAUCAGUGAAACUCAUUGAACCCUAGUUCUUUGAUCACUCAUCUGAUUUCGUUAUCAAUAUCAACCUAAGUGGACGUAGGUCAUUACCAGAUCCUGGGGCCGAACCACUAUAAAAUAUUGUGUCUUAUAUACUUUCGUCAUUACGUUCUUCUCAUUACUUUCAUUCAUAUCAAGCAUAUUCUGACUCCGUGUCAGUUGGCCAAAUCGUGGGUCAACAUUCUGGUGCUUUCAUUGAGAGCUUGAUUUAUCGUUGUUGAAAAAACUAAUGGAGAAAGCUGGAAAGAAAACUGGACAGGCGGCCGCCGCUGCAUCGUCAAACCCGCCACCUCCUCCUCCUCCUGCAAGCAUGGCAGAGGAUGAGCCACAACUGGACUUUGAGGAGGAGGAAAUGGAUGAUGCAACGCUGAACAGUACCCUGGGCGCGUUGCAGGAAGAACUGGCUAGUCUGAGAGCCAGUCAGGAGACUGCCGCUGAAGUUAUGGCGCGGCAGCAGCAGGAGAUUAAACGGCAGCGCGCAGAAUUGAGCGAAAGGCAGGCGGAGGUGGACCGCCGCCAGAGCGAAGCCAUGGCAGCCCUCGAGGCAGCCUUGCUAUUGGCUAGAAAUCAGGCUGCACCUGCCUCGCAACCUGACCAACCUGUGAAUGGGCCACCCCAGAGGGGUCCUAAUCCAAGCCCACCGAUCCAGCCUUCAAUUCCGCAAAGGCCCGAGCAGCCUCAAAUGCCCCAUGACGAGGCACAGCCACCAUCCCAAGCUGCUCGGGGUAAUCCCCCGCAACAGAGGCAGAAUAGGGCCGAGCAUCAGCCUCGCAGCCCUAGACGCCGUAGGGAUGAUGGGCCGAACCUACCGAACAGAGGUCAGUACCCUCCUGGCAACAGGAGGGACUCAGAGUUAGGCUCUGCGGUCCGGGGCCUCCCACGGCACGAUGAUGCACGGGGACACCACGACCAGCGCAGGCCACCCUCUAACGCUCGGGACGGUUCAGCCAGGAACGGACAUCGAGGGAACAGCCGAUCUCACCAUAGCCAGUCGAGGUUCAGAGAUGGCCACGGAUAUAAUGAGGCCGACUCAGGCAAAGGAAAUGUCGGUGGGAGGAAUGAAGAAAGAGGUAAAGGCAGGAGCCAGGUACCUCAAGAUGACCAACCAAAUAGACAGGAUGCUGGGGGGCAGCCCAGACAAAAUAAUGCCUUCAACCGGCUCGGGGGUAGCGAGCAGCAGAGAAGAGAAGAGGACCUGAGAGAUGUACUCAAUGAUCGCCGUGAGAGGCAUGGAGAGAACGUCCCCCCGGCAACGGAGGCCACAGCGAUUCCUGCCGCUGUACAGGCCCAGAUAGACGCCCUCAACCAGGCAGUGCAACAGCUGGUCGGGGGAAGGACUUCUUACAUCGACCACGAUAGGAGGAAAGGCACUCCUUUCGUACAGAGGAUAGAUAACACCGAAACUCCCAGCAAAUUCAAGAUGCCCACGCUCCCAAACUUUAACGGAUAUGGAGACCCAGUCUCGCAUGUCAAUAAGUUUGAAAUUCAAAUGGACAUUCAGAAAGUGUCCGAAGACGCUCGGUGCAGGAUCUUCCCUGCAACACUUUCUGAAGCUGCGCAGGAGUGGUUCUUCAAAUUCCCUCCCGCAAGCAUUGUUUCCUGGGAAAUGUUCGUACGGGAGUUCUACGGACAGUUCUAUGCUGGUCGUGUACACCCAACCGAAGCAAACCAGCUAGUCGAAAUUCGCCAGCAGGAUGGGGAGUCAGUGAAAGACUACAUCCAACGUUUUAUGCGAGCAGCAGCUGGAGCGAAGACGGUCGGGAACGAAGGGAAGAUGAUGGCCAUAACUACAGGAGUAAAACGACGUUCUCCCCUCUGGAAGAGUCUCCGAAAGGAAGGGGUGAGAACUACCCAAGAAUUUUUGGACCGAGCUGAUCGCUAUAUCAAGCUUGAAGAAGCCAUUGUCGAUGAUGGAAAGCCCUCAGGCAAGGACAAGAAGGCUUCUGAACCCGCCAAGGCCGCCAAUGGGCCCAAACCUAGUGGCAACGGAAAAAGCAACGAGAACGGCAACGGUAAUGGCAAGAACGGUGGAAAAUGGCCGUAUAACGAGCCUUCCACCUCCGACAACAAACGAGCUAAGGGUAAUCGUUAUGAGCCUCGGUUCACUAACUACACUGCCCUCGUUGAGUCUCGGGGAGAGGUUUACCAGGCCACAAGUUCCAGUGUGCCUUACAAGAAACCUGGGCCCAUUCGAAAGGACAUUUCGAAAAGAGACACCACCAAGUUCUGUCGUUACCAUAAUGACUACGGACAUGACACUAAUGAAUGCAGCCAGUUAAAAGACGAAAUCGAAUUCCUUAUUAGACAAGGACACUUGAGAAGAUACGUACGGGCCUCGGGAAAUUCCCAACGAGAAGCUCUAUGUGGCAACGAGCAGGCGUCCACGCGCCAAUGCUCGCCACCAUUACAGCCUGCCCCCGUGGCUGGAACACUCUUAACCAUCUGUGGAGGCCCGCACCUCGCGGGAAAUAGCGGAAAGGCCAGAGAACGAUAUGCUCGGACUCUGCGCCACGACCAGGACAUCGAGAUGAUGACUGUGGAGAACCGUGCACCAAAAAAGGCUCGGUCAGAGGGAGGAGAGAUAACCUUCUCCGACGACGACGCCCAACAGGUCAGGUUCCCACAUUCCGAUCCGCUGGUCGUAGACAUCCAGAUGGCCAAUAUGAUGGUGAAGAGGGUACUGGUCGAUACAGGAAGUUCAGUGAACAUCCUGUACAAAUCAACACUGGAACGCAUGAAAUUGUCCAUGAAGGACUUGGAGCCCUGCAAUCAAACGAUAUACGGCUUUUCUGGAGAAGGACUCGCCCCAGCCGGGUUGAUCAAACUCCCAGAUUUGUCCUAUGAGUGUGCGACAGACGUGUUCGACAUAGCUGGUCAUUACAAAUACAAUAGGGUAAAACGAUAA